AAAGCAGUUGGGGUGGAAGCCAUAACUAUGGUCCCUGCCUCCCGGCUUCGUUGAUCCUGUAUUAAAAAAAAAUAAGAAAAAAAAAGGUACUUCACCUUGAGGUAUUUGCUUGACCGAUGACCUGCCUUGGGCGAAUCAUGACAAUCGCCAUCGAGAUGUCCAAGCAUAUCGGGCAACGGCACUCGUGACAGGGACGGCAAUAUCGACGGCAACCACCAACGACAGGACAUAAAGUGUGUCGGCUGCGCCUUCUUGCCCUCUCCAGAAGUGGCAAAUGCGUUCGGCUUGCAUGAAUCACCCUUUCCCCCAGAAGUCAUUUGAGUCGUUCACCGAACAGUCUCUGGUACAACAACAAGCAAAACUGCAUUGCGCUUACGCUUGCGAGGGUUGGGAGAUGUUCAAGGAACAGGCUGGCGCGGUAGGGAAGCAGUCCGGAUGAAUUUACGACCACCAUCCAUCCC